AUGAGUAAAGCAGAUCCGAUUCCGAGCGUUACUUCAAAUUUUGAAAACCCGACCGUUGAUCUAUUAGAGAAUAGGGCUUCUUCCGUGAAGAUCUGCAAAUUUAAAACCUCCGACGACGACGACGACGGAGUUACCAUGACGAGACGACGCCAUGGCUGGCAACGACCAUUUCAUCCAUUACAGAUUGUAGGAGCUGUUAUUUAUAGCAUUCUGGUUGCAACCUUCUACAUAUUCCUCGGCCUAUUCCUUGGGAAUCGAAUAGCUAUCAUCACGCUUCUUUCGGUCUUCUCUUUCGUGGCGGUGUCAGUUAUAGUUUUAUUCGUUCGGUGCACUGCGAUUGACCCCACGGAUAAAACUAGUGCUAGGAAGAAGAGAAGGUCUAAAUCCAAAGGAGUCUUGAUGAAGCUGAGAUUCAAGGUCGUUUUGAGUCAAGUUCUCGUGAGUUUUUUCAGGAGGUUAGAGAGGAAGAUCUUGAGGAAUUUCAUCAGACGGACGUAUUUGGAUCCAUGGAAGAGCAGCGUGCAGCUUGAACCUCUUCUUCCGUUUCCACUUGUCAUGAAUGAUGAUGAUUCCGUUACACCAGACCCUAAAGAGGAAGAAGAUGAUCUCUCUUAUUGCUCACUUUGUGAUUUAGAGGUCAAACGCAGCAGUAAGCAUUGCAGGACAUGUAACCGGUGUGUUGAAGGGUUUGAUCACCAUUGCAGGUGGCUCAAUAACUGCGUUGGGAAAAGGAAUUACACUACGUUCAUACUCCUGAUGGUGUUCGUCUUGCUCAUGCUGAUUAUAGAAGGUGGAACAGCCAUUGCCGUAUUCGUCAGAUGUUUUGUAGACAAGAAAGGAAUGGAAACCGAAUUGAAGAGAAGGCUUUACGUAGAGUUCCCUAGAUGGGCUCUUGCUACAAUAUCUGUUAUGUUGUUUUUGUUGACUGCAUAUGGCUCGGCUGCAAUGGGACAGCUUUUCAUCUUCCAUGUGGUUCUCAUUAGAAAGGGGAUGAGAACAUAUGACUACAUAUUAGCAAUGAGGGAAGAGAAUCAAAUUACAGAAGCUGAUCCUUUUGAUGAAUUAGACUCAUCUUCAGAUGAAAGCUCUGAUUUUGACUCGCCUGAAAGACCAAGACAAACGUUCAUCUCCAAGUUUAUGUGCAGGAAAUCAAAUGAGAAUCAGCAGAGACUAUCCAUAAAGAUUGAAGGAGGUGAUGGAGUUGCAGUGAUCAACAAGAAACCUGGUUUGCAUGUAAGCAUAAACCCAUGGAAGCUGAUAACUCUAAGCAGUGAAAAGGCUCUACAAGCAGCUGAGAAAGCAAAGGAAAGACUGAGGAAAGCGAAACCGGUUUCCGAAGAAGAUUCGAUUAAGCCACUUCCAUUAGAGACGAAAUUCGGACUUAUGCUAGACCAAGAGAAUAAUAGGAGUGUGUUGAUGACGCCAUCAACAUCUGCAGCAGUGAAGCUUCAGGUUUCACCAGGGAGAUUCUCUAGCCCAAGAAGAAGGUUCUCAGGCUCUUCUUCUUCUUCUUUCACUGUGCCAUCGCCGAAGCAGAAGUACAGGAGUAACUUUGACUUGAAGCUAACGGAAGUCUCUAGAGAGCUCGAGAGUUAUAUUUCAAGACAGUUGGUGGGCGUAACGAGUAAACCACCGAUGAGAGGCGUCAAAACGAUAAACCCUCAGAAGAAGAUAGAAGAAGCUGAUUCGAAUUCCGUCAAAGAAUCAGAUUACUAUGAAGGCGAACGUCUAACUCAUCUUAUCGGCUUGAUUCAAAGAGGAAUCGAGACGUCCAAGGUUUCGAAUGUGAACUCAUUGCCUGAGAAGAUAUGGCUUAAGCAACAAUUCGCUGUUGGGAUCAACGAAGUCACGCGUGUACUUGAGCGAAUGAAACCAAACACUGACCUCAGGCAACCUCCGGUUCUACUUCAGGUAGUGAUAGUAGUAGCAGACUGUAGACCGAGGAUGCUAACGAAGCACAUACCAAACUUAGCUGCUUCAAGGAACGUUCCGGUUCUCUUUAUCAGAGACAACAAACGAGCCUCACUCAGAUUGGGAGAGUUGGUUAAGCUCAAGACGGCUCUAGCCAUUGGUGUCAAGGCUAGAGGAAACGAUCUCAACCUAAUACUCCAACAGAUCCUUCCAAGAGAUUCUUCUUGA